AUGCUGGAUCAUUUCUGUCUGCUGCAGCGACAAUAUCAAAGUAAAACCGUGAUGUGGUUUGUGGCUGCCGACUAUUUUGUGGCGCCACCAGCCACGAGUGGCGCAACCGCCAAUAAUUUUUCUCGCAGCGGCCAAGUCCUAUUCAAAUGUGAGCAGGACUUAGCCUCAUACCUACCUUCUCUAAUUUCGCAUCACCUCAACCCCCACCCGACCGCCCUCUCUCUGACUGCUUUGCCUGGUGCAGAGCCGCAACAACACCGACGAAGAAGGAACGAAGCAGAGCUACUUCCUGCGUCUGCAUUUUUGGUCGACCUCUGCACCCUGCUGCAUAUUGCGACCCGACUCUCAUCUUUCCGAAUCUCUACUCCUCUAUCCACCACACAACACACGGCAAUCAUGGCUACCGCCGCCGCAGAAGCCACCAACAUGGACAAACAAGUCGAUUUGUCUACAAUUCCCAUCUCCCCGAACGGAAAAGAAGAAUCUGAUGCUGUUGACUCGGGCAAGCCGGUCACCGUGUUCCACGACAAGGAUAACUUCAACGUCAAGCACCCGCUUCAGAACAAAUGGACCCUUUGGUUCACGAAGCCCCCAAGCGGAAAGAGCGACAACUGGAAUGACCUGCUCAAGGAAGUGAUUACAUUCGACUCUGUCGAGGAGUUCUGGGGUGUUUAUAACAACGUUGCUCCCGUUUCGGAGCUCGCCCUCAAGUCCGACUAUCACCUAUUCAAGGCCGGCGUGCGACCUGAGUGGGAAGACCCCCAGAAUAAGCACGGUGGCAAGUGGUCUUACCAAUACAAGGACAAGCGCAACGUCGACGUCGAUCGUCUCUGGCUGCAGGUUGUCAUGGCCGCUAUUGGCGAGACUCUCGAGGAGGAAGAGGAUGGUGAGGUCAUGGGCGUAGUUGUCAAUGUCCGCAAGGCUUUCUAUCGUAUUGGUGUCUGGACUCGUACCAUUGGUAAGAGUAUCCCUGGCCGCGGAGAUGGUGAUGUUGCCGGUGGCAAGGGCCGUUCGAACGAAAAGGGCCGCGAGAUACUCAUGAGCGUUGGCAGACGCUUCAAAGAGGUUCUAGAGCUGCCCAACAGCGAGCAGGUCGACUUUUCAGGACACACGGACAGCGCCCAUGCUGGUAGCACGAGAGCCAAGGCUAAGCACGUCGUUUGA